UCCGCACCGCCCCAAAGCCGCCCCGGAGCUCUGCUGCCAGCAGUGAGUUUCGCGUAGCUGUCGCCAGUUAAAUAUUGAUUCCCCCCUCGUCCCUUAGGAAGGAGUUUUGAUUAAAAAAUCAUCGUAGGAACAAUAAAGGAAGCGGCGAGCUCUACUAGGUGGGAAUAGAUUGGGUUUAGGCUCGUGUUCGCGUGGAGGAAGGAGUUUUCAAAACUAUGUUGGUGCUGCUUUAGCCUUAAGAUCUCCCAUCGACGCUUCCCUCCUCCGAUAAGCUGCGAGUUGUGCACGGAUUCUCCAAAAUAUAUUUCUUUACUUCUCUUCCUUAUCCCCGCCAGGAUCAGCAGCUCCUCUCCUCCCGCCCCGAUAAGCGGGGACUGUGCAGAGCUUUCCGGAGGAGAAAUUUAAUUCGAAGCCUCCCUGUAAAACCACUGCCGCUUAUCUUAGAUUUCCCCAAAAGAAAUCCCUGCACCUGGGAGGUGGAGGUGAUGGGGCUGCACCCGGCUCCGCUUUCUCUCUCCUUCCUCCUUCUCCCCAUCCUCUUCCCCGGGGAAAGAAAAAUCAGCUGCCGGCUCCGUAUCCCGAGCCCUGCAGCCGGCAGCGGCUCACGAGUUCCGUGUUGACAUCUCCCGCUGUCUCCCACCUCUCCCCGCACCUCUCAUCCCCCCUCGGCCCUCCCCCCCCCUCCAUUCGGAGCUCUCUAAGGAAGGGAAAGUUCUGCAAGGACAACCCUGAAAUAUUUCCCGUUGUCUCCCGGGCUGCCCUCGCGGUGUUUACCCGGCGCUCCUCCGAGGGGAGGAAGGGGCUCGCAGGACUGAAACUGAAAGAUAAGGCGCACGCGGGGCGCUCCGGUGACAGCUUCGAGCCGACUUUGAGAAGUGGCAGAGCAUGGCGCUCCGCGGGGCAGCGCGCCGGCUGGGCUGAGCGCUGCCCGCCAUGCAGGGCCGCCUGCGGGAGGGCGCUGCCCUUGGAGAGGGCCGCGGAGUGGGUCUGGCCCGGGCUCACUUCGAGAAGCAGCCUCCUUCCAACCUGAGGAAGUCCAACUUUUUCCACUUCGUCCUGGCUCUGUAUGACCGGCAGGGGCAGCCCGUGGAGAUCGAGCGCACCGCCUUCGUGGGCUUCGUGGAGAAGGAGAAGGAAGCUAACAGUGAAAAGACCAACAACGGGAUCCACUACCGCCUGCAGCUGCUCUACAGCAAUGGGAUCAGGACGGAACAGGACUUCUACGUUCGCCUCAUCGACUCCAUGACCAAGCAGGCGAUAGUAUAUGAAGGCCAAGACAAGAACCCCGAAAUGUGCCGAGUUCUGCUCACGCAUGAAAUAAUGUGCAGCCGCUGUUGUGACAAGAAAAGCUGUGGCAACAGAAAUGAGACUCCAUCAGAUCCAGUGAUAAUUGACAGGUUCUUCUUGAAAUUUUUUCUCAAAUGUAACCAAAAUUGUCUAAAAAAUGCAGGAAACCCUCGAGACAUGCGACGAUUUCAGGUUGUGGUGUCUACAACAGUCAAUGUUGACGGCCAUGUGUUGGCAGUGUCGGACAAUAUGUUUGUGCACAACAAUUCCAAGCAUGGGCGGAGAGCUCGAAGACUCGAUCCUUCGGAAGGUACGCCUUCUUAUCUGGAACAUGCAGCUACACCAUGUAUCAAAGCCAUCAGUCCAAGUGAAGGAUGGACUACAGGAGGUGCCACUGUCAUCAUCAUAGGAGACAAUUUCUUUGAUGGGUUACAGGUCAUCUUCGGCACCAUGCUGGUUUGGAGUGAGCUGAUUACUCCUCAUGCCAUCCGCGUACAGACACCUCCCCGACAUAUCCCAGGGGUUGUAGAAGUCACAUUGUCCUACAAGUCUAAGCAGUUUUGCAAGGGAACGCCUGGAAGAUUCAUUUACACAGCUCUGAACGAACCCACCAUUGACUAUGGUUUCCAAAGGUUACAGAAGGUUAUCCCCCGGCACCCCGGUGACCCCGAACGCUUGCCAAAGGAAGUAAUACUUAAGAGGGCUGCUGAUUUAGUAGAAGCACUCUACGGUAUGCCACAUAAUAACCAGGAAAUAAUCCUGAAAAGAGCAGCAGACAUCGCGGAAGCACUCUACAGUGUCCCUCGCAAUCACAACCAGCUCCCCGCCCUUGCUAACACGUCAGUCCAUGCAGGAAUGAUGGGAGUGAAUUCCUUUAGUGGUCAACUAGCUGUCAACGUAUCUGAAGCCUCACAGGCCACCAAUCAGGGUUUUACUCGCAACUCAAGCAGCGUGUCACCUCACGGCUAUGUGCCAAGCACCACCCCUCAGCAGACAAAUUACAACUCUGUCACAACAAGCAUGAAUGGCUAUGGGAAUGCUGGAAUGUCAAAUUUAGGCGGUUCUCCAACCUUCCUGAAUGGAUCUGCUGCCAAUUCUCCCUAUGCCAUUGUGCCAUCAAGUCCAACAAUGGCCUCCUCCACUAGCCUCCCCUCCAACUGUAGCAGUUCAUCUGGGAUUUUCUCGUUCUCACCAGCCAACAUGGUCUCAGCAGUGAAACAGAAGAGUGCUUUUGCGCCUGUCGUGAGACCGCAAACUUCUCCUCCUCCCACCUGCACCAGCACCAAUGGCAAUAGCCUGCAAGACCAGUCUUUUGUGGACUCUAGCAAGUACUCCACUGCAGGGUCUCUCCAGGGGCUGGCCUUCUCCUGAAGUACGUCACUCAAUCUUCCCUUCCUUUUUUUUUCCUUUGUCAUAGUACACUUGUGCAGAGAUCCUACUGGGAGCAAAUAGACCAUUACAAAGCUUGGCACCAACCUCUGCCUUUCAUAUGUAGAAGACACAUUACAAACUAAAUUUUCCAGUUUAACUCACAUCAGGGUAUAUAUUAUCACUGAUUAAUGCACUCCUGUGCCAAUUAAUUCCACAAAUGAUGCACGGCAUCAUCAAAUGUUUGUAGAAAGGGGCUGCUCCUUUUCUGCACCCUCUCAUUCAAAGUAUUCCAGCAUCAGCACCUAAAUCCCUUUUGAAGAGCUGACACAAGCUGAGGGGUGGCAGACAAAAGGUUGUCAAACUGAAGAUGCUAAAGACCAACACCAACAGUUUCAGUGUUAGAUUCAGUCUGUUUUACAACACCGCCUAAAUCUGUCUGUAUAAUUACCUCACCCUGCAUUAGAGUGCUGAGAGAGAUGUUUUCAUGCUCACUUAGACUAAGGAGUGUUCUUAACCAGAUGCCUCCAACUGUGCCAGAGAUGGAAAAGAUUUUGUGGUAUGCAUUGUGCUUCCCCCAGACUUGAGGUCUGUUUUCCUUUCCGUGUGCUUGUGCAAAUUACCAAAGAGCACCAAGUGGGGGACAAAAUCCGUCAUUUUAGAGCUAUGUUCAGAAGGAGGUGCACAGAGAGCUUGGCUCCGUAGACUCUGUGUCGCCUUACAUCCUCUGGAAAGAGAGAUGCUGGGCUUGCAGGCAUAAUGCUGAUAGUUCCAUUAUAGCUGAAAAGUCUAGAUGCAGGCAGAGUGCAAGGAGUUCAUUCAUAAAAGCUGUGAUCCACUAUGACUGAAGAGAAGCAUUGUCCUCAGUGCAGUUUAUGCUGGUGAUUUGGGAGGAUCAAUCCUUUCACAUUUACAGAGGCACACAGAAACUGUGAAAAUAAUAGGAAGGUAUAUGCAGCUGUUGGGUGCCUUCUGUAAGCAGUGCUGUAAACACAGACUACAUCAAGAAUAAAACACAACAGAGUUUUUGGAUGAGCUGUGUUGCUUAGAAUAUCGUUUUUCCUACGUUUUAAAAAUCUGGUGAUGCUGACGUGCUACAAAUAUUGAAGGCUAAAGCAGCUAAAAGUGUUUUGUCUGAAUUAAAAGAAAAUUAAAAGGAACUAAUUGUUGACUGCCAGAACACACCAAUGUUUUUAUCAUCUCUUCACCUUGUCCCAGUGUGCUGUGAGGUUGCAGUGAAAAAGCAAGUAACAAGAGAAGAUUUUUCCCUUGUUUUUCCUUUCACGGGAUACAGAAUUCCCAGGUUCUGCCUACUGGGUUAUGGAAAGCAAUUAUGGAGCAAGCUGAGUGCUGGAUGCAACUGGGGCUUGCUGAUUGCCUCCUCAUUAUGUCACAUCCAGAUCUGUAAUGCUCAGAAAACACACAGAUCUGAGUGUUCCCCCUAAUUUUUGUUUAGCAAUUCUGUUUUCAUAAUAGGAAUGAGCCACCAAGAGAUUCGUUUUAAGGGUCAUCACUGCACUUCUUGGUGAGUUAAAGAUGCACAGCCUUUAGCCCCAUGCCUUCUGAUACCACCCGAGGCUUGUAAUAAUCGCUCAGAAAUGCACUGCCUGUUGUGCCUUAUUGCUUAAAUAAACAAUCUUGUAUAAGGAGGCUGUCUUAUCUCUCUUGGGCUUCUGGAUACAUCAGAAAGCAAUCAAGCUUUCCGUAUGUAGCUUAGAUAUCAGUAGAACUCACUAAAACAACAGCUAGGCUUAUCUGUUGUUCUCUUUGCCAUGCAAUUUUGUAAAACUCAAAAUAUACUAUUUCUGUAAAUUGCUAGCAGCAAAUGCAAAUUAGUAUAUGAUAAAAGAAAUAAUGCCCUUUGGUGGGAGUUUUUCUGGGUUUUCUUUGCCCUCUCUUUUUGGAGGUGUGAUCACAUACCUACAAUGUUUCCCACUGCUAUCUCUGUUUUCAGGAUUAGUAACAUGCUACAGCUGAGAGAAUUUGCAUGACUAGAUGUAGCACUUAUGGAAUAAAAGUAGAGUGAUAUAAAUGAAGACUUGGAAAGAAUGGAAAUAUCAAGGCUUUUAGGUAGAAAAGAGAUCAUUUUGUUAUUUGCCUUGUAAUUUAAUUCAGAAUUUCAGGGCUCUUCAAAGGCAAUAAUGCUUUGAAAAAAUGAACAAAGAUCUGCAUCUGUACAGUUUCCUUCCAAUGGCAAGAGGUGCACAGCUGAUAUGUAACUAUGGAAAAACAUCAUGAAGGCAGGAGUUACAGUUAUGUCGCCUUAAUCUGGGAUCCUGCACACUGAUGACAGCCAUGCUGUCCCAAGAGAAAAGCAGUUCUUGACCACUUUUUGGUAAAAUUGAUUUGGGUUUAAUGAAUCUU